CCCCCCGGCUUGGCACAGGCCCCGCCCCUUUCCAUCUGAGGGGCGACAGAAGGGCGCCUGGGGCAAGAUGGCGGUGAAUCAGAGCCACACCGAGAACCGCCGCGGGGCUUUCAUUCCUUCCAGCGACAGUGUCUUGAUGCAGUCUCAGGAUGUGGACCUCUCCUUCCCACAGCAACCAGAGAGAUCCAGUCUCUUCAGUGGCACAAAGAGGGGGACACUGUUUCUCACUUCAUACCGGGUGAUCUUCGUGACUUCACACUUAGUCAGUGAUCCCAUGUUUUCUUUCAUGAUGCCAUUUGAUCUGAUGAGCAACUGCACCGUUGAACAACCGGUCUUUGCUGCCAACUACAUUAAAGGGACUAUUCAGGCAGCUCCGGAUGGUGGCUGGGAAGGACAGGCUACUUUUAAAUUAGCCUUCAGAAAAGGAGGUGCCAUCGAAUUUGCCCAGCUGAUGGUGAAAGCUGCCUCUGCUGCUGCCAGAGGAGUUCCACUUGGAAGUGCAAGUUACUGGUUCAGCCCUCCAGGACUGCUUGUAGUUACUGGGCAGGGGAACAUGAUGUGCACGCAACAGAUGCCUUGUCCAGCAUACCCAUUUGUUGUCUAUGGAUCCCCACAGGCAGGAUAUGGACCCCCACAGCCAGGAUAUGGACCCCCACAGGCAGGAUAUGGACCCCCACAGGCUGGAUAUGGACCCCCACAGGUGGAAUAUGGACACCUGCCAUGGGGAUACGGACCCCCACCAGCAGGAUACGGACCCCCACCUGUGGGAUCUGGAGCCCCACCAGGAGCAUACAGAGCCCUGCCUGUGGGAUACGGAGCCCUCCCAGCUGGAAACGAAACCUUAUCGACUGGAAGUGAAAACCCAGGGGCUGGAAAUCAAGCCCCACCUCCAGGAUAUGAAGUUUCACCUGCUGGAAUUAGAGCUGGGUCUGGCAAAUCUGUGGCAAUCCAACCUCCUGGGUAUGAGGCUUCUCUUCCCCUUGCCUCAUCUUCUCAGAGCCAUUCACCAUCUUCCAGGAAUUAAACCUUGAAGACUCUCCAAGCAAAGUGGCACCCGAAAACCGAAGUCAGAAUAGGAAGGUAGACUCAGGUGCCAGGCAGUCGGAAGCGUUUCCUGUGCAUGUGGUGGCCUGAUCCUGUCUGCACAUCUGUGAGGUUCUGGUGGCUGAGAAGACUCCUGUUCUCAAGGAAGGAAAAUGCUUGAAAACAGCCAACCAGAGUGAGAGAGAUCCGAAUCCGUCCACGUCACACAGCUUGGGGAUGGAGACUGAUUUCUAGGUUUUCGGUAGAAAACAGGCGUCCUUCCUGCCUAUGUCCUGAGGAGAAAGGAGAAGCUAGUGUAACCGAAGAGGCUGGGGUCACCCUGGCUUUACACCCUCGAUUAAAGUCUGCUUGCUGUCGCAAUACCUGUGGCACGCCCUUGGUCUCUCUGUUUCUGAGGGCAUCUGAGAUAUGCACUGCCUGGCGCUGGGGCCUUGGUACCACCCCAGUACAGCUUGGACAUACCUAGACUUCUCAGCUUCCUGGCUGGGCUCUGCGCUUGUCCUGCUUCAGCAGUACAUUGUCUGGUUCCAAGACAGAUAGAUCAUCUUAGUGAAGAUAUCUCUGAAUCCCCUUGAUGGAGUACUUGCCUAAGCUGGGGAGCCUGCUCUCUGACUCUCCAUGGAAAGGGGACAGGGAUAGAAUGAUGUAAGCGCUGUGGGCUGACCCCUUGUU